UUUCAGUAGUACUGAUCUCCUCUGCUCGGGACUUUGAACUCUUGAAUAGGGUUUUAUUUUUUUUAUUCUCAUUUUAUCACCUAGAAGUUGUGACACCAGCCAUUAGUGCAGCACAGCCCACUCUUCUCUUUCCUUUUCUUUUUCAUGUCCCUGGGUCUUUUUCCUCCUCUGUUUGGAUUCUAAACUUUCUCAGUCUGGUGGUUUUUUCUUGAUUCGAAAGCUCUCCUUCCCUUCUCUCUUUCCCCGGUCUCCCAUCCCUUUUAGCUGUACCUUUUUUCUGUCCUUUUUCUGGUUAUGCACCAUGCUGUCCUCCCCUACGGUAAUCCUUCAGCCCUACGGACUCCCUGUUUACCCCCAGACAGCCUCCUGCUACCCCAGCAUUGUACAGGGUGCCGCUGCCCAAGAGGCGGGGCAAGGCAAUGGUGACCCUUCACUUCCUCAGGUCUAUGCCCCACCUCCUUCAUAUCCUCCACCUGGACAAGGACCACAUACUGUCCGGCUGCCACCCCUCGAUUUCAGCGCUGCUCACCCAAACUCUGAAUAUUCAGAUCAUCAUCAGUUGAGAGUCUACCAGGGCCCUCAGCUUGAUGGGACGGAGUCCAUAACAACCAAUAACACGAAUGAUUCUUUAGUGCCUGUGACAUCUGACCCACAGUCUCUCAGUGUUUCUGUGGCGUCUGGAAGUGGAACUGAGGAGGAAGGAGCUGGAAAGGCUCAACCCAAAAGGCUCCAUGUUUCCAAUAUACCUUUUAGGUUUCGGGACCCAGACCUGAGGCAGAUGUUUGGGCAAUUUGGCAAGGUUCUAGACGUGGAGAUCAUCUUUAAUGAGCGAGGCUCAAAGGGUUUUGGAUUUGUGACAUUUGAGAGUGCAGUGGAAGCAGAUCAAGCGAGAGAGAAGCUCAACGGAACGAUUGUAGAGGGAAGGAAGAUUGAGGUGAACAACGCCACAGCAAGGGUGGUAACAAAAAAACCUCAGACGCCGUUAGUGAACGCUUCUGGGUGGAAAAUCAAUCCAGUAAUGGGAGCCAUGUAUGCCCCUGAACUUUACACAGUUGCCAGCUUUCCUUAUCCUGUUCCCACACCGACCUUGGCCUACAGAGGCUCUGCCCUCCGUGGACGUGGUCGGGCAGUUUACAAUACAAUCCGCUCAGCAGCAGCCGCAGCCGCAGCCACGCCUGCUGCAGUACAAGCCUACCCAGGAGUGGUGUAUCAAGAUGGAUUGUAUGGUGCUGAGAUCUAUGGAGGAUAUCCAGCCACAUAUCGAGUGGCCCAGUCCACCUCAGCAGCUGCAACAGCCACAUUCAGUGAUGGAUAUGGAAGAGUCUAUGCCACAGCAACAGACCCCUACCAUCACUCACUGGGACCUACCACCACUUAUGGAGUUGGAACAGUGGCAAGUUUGUAUCGUGGAGGCUACAACCGCUUUACUCCAUACUGAAU